AUGAAGCGAUUGAAGGAGGAAACAUUUUUCUUCAAACAUAUGUCUACUUGUCGUCGAGGCACCUCUGCAGCAGGAAAUGAUAGUUAUGAAUCUUCUACAAAGAAGUCCAACCAUAGGUGUCCUGCAGGACGACGACAUAAAAAGCGACGAAAAGCCAAAAGGAGAAAGAAACCGAAGAAAUCUGUAGACUCCGUUGGUGUGAAAGGCAAGAGAGAAUUCCCUCCUCCUCCUUCUCCUUCUGAAUCGUCGAGCGAAGAUGACGACACAGUAAAGGAGUGCAUAAGCAAUUGGGGUAAAGAAAUGCCCUAUGUGAAGGGUAAGGGACGACCUCUAACUUUGAAAAAGCGACGCAGCCAAGGGGACUUCCUACCAGAGGCUCCAGAUGACCAUCCCGAGAUUUUACAAGAAAACGAAACACAACGAAUAGCUGACUACGGCAAUGAAAACUAUGGAGGCUCUUAUGAGUUAUUCCGGGAACAAGAUGGAAAAUUCGAAGACGUCUGUAGGGAACUACAAGUAAAUGCUUUCAUGAAUGCUGAACAGAAUACCCAAAUGUUUGGCGAAGAUGCUCCGUUUGGUUCAACACCGCCUUCUGAGGAAGUAAAGUCUGCCAGACUUAUUCGAGUGGAAGAAGCGGAUCCUCUAAAAACUGCAUCUGAAGAAUUAGUCACCCCUCCGAUGGACGAACAUUGCGAUGAGAAACAACCACAAAAAUGGGAUUCUUUGAAAAAUCUAUCUCGAGAACGGCUUCACCCUACCUCUUCGGAAGAUAAAAUGCAAUUAAUGCGACAAAAUAGGAAGACUUUUUCUAAAGAAGGCUCAGACAGGAACCGUGAACAAAGGGAGAAACGGAGAGACCAUAAGCCGUCAAAAGUAGAUUUCAACAAAGGAGAACAUGAACUGCCGAAAGAGCCAAAGAAAGAAAAAUCGCCUUCGAAAAAUUUGGAUCAUGCAAACAGAAAUUUGGAUUACAAGCAGAAUGUUAGAUUGGGGAAUGAUGCAUACGGGAAGGGUUUCUUCAAAAAACAUCCUAGAAAAUCGCCGCAAAGACGACCUGAAUCUCCUGUUGCCAACAUCAACUCAGCAGAAGCACUAAAAGUGUGCCACGUUCCCUUACCGAAAAUGCAAGCAAGUAUUGCAAGUGGAUCAAACGAGGCCGUCCAAAAUAUAAAAAAGCCUACACAGAAGAAUAAACCAACUGCAAAAAAGUCGUAA